AUGACCUGCCCCCUGCCUCCCGUCGACCUCGCGGGUCUCAAGGACAAGUGCGUGCUGGUGACCGGAGGAGCAUCAGGUCUGGGGCUGGAAACGGCACAACUGUUCGCCUCACACGGCGCCUACGUGACCAUUGCCGAUGUGCAGCCUCCGCUGGACGACGAGACCCUCAUCAAGGCAGGCCAGCACGUUCAGUACGUCCACUGCGAUGUGAGCGAUUGGGACAGUCAAACGGCGGCAUUUCAAAAGGCAAUCUCCUUUUCGCCUGCAAAGGCCCUCGACGUGGUGACUACCUUUGCCGCUAUCGAUCCGCUGGAAAAUCUCAUCGACCAGGUCAAAUCCAGCAUCAGCCGGGAGGAAGUGACGCUGGAGACGAUCGAACGGCCGGUAGCACCCUCACUCCGGUGCAUCGACAUCAAUCUCAAGGGCUCGUACUACUCCGCCGCCCUGGCGCUGCAUUACUUUCAACUCAGGCCUCAACAUCCACCUUCGUCCUCUGCCGCUGCUGCCACCACCGCAAAGGGAACUCUGAUAUUCAUCUCCUCCCUAGCAGGCUACCUCGACGACGACCACUCCAUCGUCUACACGACUUCCAAAUUCGGCACGCGGGGCCUCUUCCGCGCCCUGCGCCGCCGGGCCCGCGACGAGCUGGGCGUGCGCGUCAACUUGGUCGCCCCCUGGGCCGUCAAGACGCCCAUGACGGCACCAAUCCUGAAAGCCAUGGAAAGCAUGGGCAUCCAGGACGGCAAGGGGAUCACGUUUGCGAAAAAGGAGACUUGUGCGCAGGCGGUGGGGAGGAUCGCCCUGGAUGAGACGGUGCAUGGACGAGCAUACGCCAUCAUGCCGGAAGGGGCAUUCGAUAUCAAAGACGACAUCGAGGGAGGGUAUGGGGGCGAGGAGUUGAAAGUGCUCAUGUCGUGGAGGAAGGCGGCGGGAGAUUUCCUCCAAGGUUAG